UGGAACCGAUGGAAAGUGUAUUCCUGAAAGAAACUGCAGCCACAUGGUGAAUGUCAUUAAUGCCAUAAUUUAUCAAUCAGGCCAAAACUACCGCCGUAAAAAUACUUGCAGUAAUGAUCCGUCAAUGGUGUGUUGCCCAAUCAUCGAUAGCGAAAUCCCAUGUGAUUCACACAUUAUGAUUGAUAAAAUUGUUGGAGGAGAAUUCUCCACCAUCCGACAUUAUCCUUGGAUGGCAUUAAUAUUUGAUAAUGACAGUCAAAUACCAUGGUGUGGUGGGUCUCUUAUCAAUCAGAAACACGUUUUGUCUGCGGCCCAUUGUUUCCCUCAAGAAUAUUCUGCAUCUGAACAACGAUAUGUGGUACGAAUAAGUGAAUGGGAUUGGACCAGGAAACAGAACUGCACAAAGGAUGGAACGAUUUGCCGCCAAAUUCUGAACAUUGAUCAAAUUUUCAUACACCCAUUUUACAAUUAUACAGAUAACUAUUCAAAAAACGAUAUCGCUGUGCUGAGGCUUUCAGGUCAUGUGGAUCCCUUUAAUUACAUUAAGCCAAUUUGUUUGCCCUCUCAAGAACGUUUCAAAACACUGAAAUUCGAUGAAUUGAGUCUCGAAGUUGCUGGAUGGGGUGGAACAGAAGAUUAUAGGUACAGUCGAAAAUUGAUGAAGGUGAAGCUUCCAGGCAAAUCACUUGAUCAGUGCAGAAGUCUAUAUAAAACACAAACAUCUCUAGAUAGUUCGCAACUUUGUGUCGGAGGUGAACAAGGAAAGGAUUCAUGUGUUUUUGACUCUGGUGGUCCGUUGAUGUACCAGGAUGGAGAACAUUGGGUUCAGCUAGGCCUGGUAAGCUUCGGACCAGCAGAAUGUGGUAAGAAGGGGUACCCUAGUAUAUAUACAAACGUAUUCUACCACUUAAACUGGAUCGUAGAUGUUGUCCAAGAAAAUACUGUUUUACUACUGAUACACUGAUAUAACACUGCACUACAAUUCCAUCAACCGUAGGUUCGUGUCUCAACUGCUUAGUUCGCUGUGUACCCCCAGGGCUGUAAAACAGAAACAAAUUUAAAAAAGCGCUCAGAUGUCAAAUUGAUCUAAUUCAAGCACCGUGAGUUUAUAUAAAACACAGGAAACAACGACCACCCGCAACUUUCCGCCGGAAAAUUCUCAUACAUUUGAUUCUGUGCUCGGGGCGAUUAUGAAUUCAAAAGGUCGUAUUUCUGCUAGCAUGCAGUUCUCAACCAUCUCAAAUAAAUCGAUCAUAGAAGCACUUUAUGACAUCUUUAACAGUGCAUUGAAAGAGCCCUAGUCAAAAAAAAGUCAAUUCAACAGUUGAUUACUGUGUACAAAUUGACAACCCUGUUUUGAUAUGGAAUCCCGUAUACGUUCUUAAAGUAAACCUUUCAAGAUGUUUCACUAUUUACUAAAUUUGAUAUGUGUG